AUCUACACUUCACAAUCUCACACUGCCAGCAAGAACCGCAAUAUUUAAUAAUUCACUGACUCUGAUAAUCAUCAUUUUGUCAUCUUUCUUUGCAGUACAGAGUGCAGGUGGGGAGGAUCAGAAGUGGGAUCCGAAGUGUCUCGCACUAUCCAGUACAUCAAUCUACCUGUUGUUAGGUUAUUGAUGUUAACACCACUUGGCAUGUAUUGUCUUUAUGAUUAAUUACUUACUUGUAUCGAAUUUAUUGCAUAAAUCUUUAUUAAGAACCCCAAAUCAAUCUUAACAUCGUCCGUUUAUUCGCGCUUUCGUGCAUCGUCGUCAUGAAUAAAUACCCCUUUAUUUGUAAAAAAUCAUGUGCUUGGUUACAGAGUUGACUUGUUAUUAUUAUUAUUCAUUUUAAUGAUUUGAUACAUAGAAAUGACGGGAAUUCCAAGUCUACAGUUGAAUUUGUGUACCCCAGCGGAUUUUUAUUUUUCUGAACCAUUAUAUGGCAAAUCAGGGCAACUAAAGUUGUCGGCAUUGAAUUGUAAAAGAAGAAAUUCGGGGGUUUCCGGUAUUGAGGUAAAACAGAGCAUUUUGGCGCCAAUUAAGGCAAUGGAUUCUUCCAAAACGACGUCGCCAAUCAAUGGUAAUGCGGGCAGUUUCCGGGAGAAGCAGCAAUCGGGAUGCAAUUCCGGCGAUGAUUUGCUUACAAAUGAACGUGAUGACUGUUCCGGUAAAAGUAUGCCCCAGAUGUCUUCAGUUGGAAAUUCGACUAAUAUUGUUUGGCACAAGUGUACUGUGGAGAAGAGUGACAGACAACAGCUGCUUGGACAAAAGGGUUGUGUCAUUUGGAUUACCGGACUCAGUGGUUCAGGAAAGAGUACUUUGGCAUGCGCUCUAAGUCGUGGCCUACAUGCCAGAGGAAAGCUCACCUAUGUACUUGAUGGUGAUAAUGUUCGGCACGGUCUAAAUAGUGACCUUUGUUUUAAAGCUGAAGAUCGAGCAGAGAACAUCAGAAGGAUUGGAGAGGUUGCAAAGCUAUUUGCAGAUGCUGGAGUUAUAUGCAUAGCAAGUUUGAUAUCACCUUACAGAAAGGAGCGUGAUGCCUGUCGUGCGUUACUUCCAGAAGGAGAUUUUAUUGAGGUAUUCAUGGAUGUGCCUCUGCAAGUGUGCGAGAUGAGGGAUCCAAAGGGAUUGUAUAAUCUUGCACGAGCUGGAAAAAUCAAAGGUUUUACAGGUGUUGAUGAUCCAUAUGAGCCGCCAUUGAAUUCUGAGAUUUAUAUCUUGCAGAUAGUGUUACAUCAACAAGGAGGGGUUUGUGAUUCUCCAACAAAUUUGGCCGAAAUAGUGAUUUCAUACUUGGAAAGAAAAGGGUACCUGGAGGCUUAAUUUGCUUAUGCUUUUAUAAAUUUAUGUAGCUAUUAAUUUACGUAGCAGAUAUUUUGCUUUAGGGAAAUCCCUCGUUUCCUUUUUGCAUAUUUCAAUAAUCUUUGAUGAGAAAUAAAUCAUUCAUUUGUCUAAUUAUCAGAUUUUGUG